UAGCGCCGAUGGCUAGAUCACCGGAGCAAGUCCGUUGCAUCUAAAAUCGAUUGGUUUGGUCUGCCAUUUCCCCACUGUAAUCAGGAAGUAGCUCUUGUUGUUUCACACGGGUCGUCAUUUUCCAAUGUUAGCGUGACAAAGUGCGUCAAAAUGACUGAAAUGCUGAACGGUUCGGACUUCGGGGGAAUUUUGGUGCAUAAUUUCUCCGAGAAGAUUCUGGAGCAGGUCGUCCACUUCCACGUGAUGAAGUUGAACGAAGGCUUUUUCCUUUGGGUCGGUUCGGCUCCUGCUCUAUCUAACUUAGCGGUUUCAAUGAGCAGCAAAUACGAUUCGAUGCCGUUAUCAACAUUGGUUAUGGGAGAUCCGUCAAAUACUGCAGCAAACUCUUUGGCACAGAGGCUAGCAAAGAGGACCAAGAAACAAGUUUUUGUGAGUUACAGUCUUCCGAUGACAGACUCCAGCCUGAGUUUGUUGGUGGAAAACCGGAUCAAAAAGGAACUGGAGCUUCACCCUGAGAACUUUUAGAAGCAUGUCACCCCUUUAAGACAUUUACUGUCCUUACAUCAACACCUGUUUAUUCUUUUCAUUGUCCUGCAACCAAACUCUCAAAACAAAACAGACACACAA